ACUAAACAUGCUGGACGAACGCGAGCUGGCCAUCAACCCCGUCGUGCAGGAGAGCAUGAUGCACAAUGCCAGAUCAGUCUCCAACAUCCGCUCCCUGACUGCCUCGCUCUUUGGUGUUGCUGCUGGCACUCUUGGUCUCGAAUCGUUCCCCGGCUUUCUUUUCUACGCUCUGGGCUCUCUCGUCGUCUCCCUGCUCAUCUUCUCCCUUCGCACCAACGUCCAGCCCAAAUCCUACUUCCACUCGCCCAUCGCCGACUUGUGGAUCGGCGAUCUUUUCGGAGGACUCAUGAGCUUUGUCCUUACCUGGACUCUCUUCUACGGCCUCGCACGUCUCGAACAGGCCAACCUUCUCAAGAAGGUCGUCGAAGCCAUCAAGGACCUUGUCCAGGACUGCAACUUCGAAUGCAACGACUCCGGUGUCGGCCUCCAGGCCAUGGACAACUCACACGUCGCCCUCGUCUCCAUGUUGCUCAAGGCCGACUCCUUCUCCCCCUUCAGAUGUGAUCGCAACAUCGCCCUCGGUAUCAACCUUGUUUCUCUGCANAAGGUCCUUCGCGCCGCCCAGGACAAGGACAUCNNCCUGACCCUCAAGGCCGAGGACUCGCCUGAUGUUGUCAACCUUGUCUUCGAGAGCUCCGAGAGCGACAGAAUCAGCGAGUACGACAUCAAGUUGAUGGACAUUGACCAGGAGCACCUUGGUAUUCCUGACACCGAUUACGCCGCUUCCAUCACUCUUCCCUCGGCCGAGCUCCAGCGCAUCUGCAGAGAUCUGUCUGCCCUCUCAGAGUCUGAAGGUGUCAAGUUUGGCUGCACCGGCGACAUUGGCUCUGGAUCCGUCACCCUCCGCCAGCACUCCAACGUCGAGAAGGAGGACCUGAACGUUGACAUUCAGCUGUCAGAGCCCGUCUCACUCACCUUCUCGCUCAAGUACCUGGUCAACUUCUGCAAGGCUAGCGGUCUUUCAAGCAGAGUCAAGUUGUGCCUCUCCACUGAUGUUCCGCUCAUGGUCGAGUACUCGCUUGCCAACAACAGCUACCUCAGAUUCUACCUCGCCCCCAAGAUUGGUGACGAGGAG